AUGUCCUGCCACUCCAGCCAGAUGCAUUCCGCCGAGACCGACAGUGACCGCGAAACCGUCGAGGGCACUCCCUUGGAGGUUCUUUCUUCUCGCAGCCCUGAUUCUGAGUCUUGCGAGGAAGAGGACUAUGAGGUCACAUGCGAGGUUGUCGUGAAGAGCACUUUCAUCCAUGUUGAUGACGGCUGUGGCCUCAUGCAGCUUUACAGACGCCUGCGCCGAAGCCAAACCGCCUUCAUCGCGUCAGCCGUGCCUGCAGAGGCUGAUGAGCCUGCAAGGUGCAUGGAAGACGAGUCCAAGCAGGACGACAGCCCUUCUGCUUCCAAAGCCUCGACAGAGAAGCUUGAAGGGGAAGCGAAGCCGACUCAGUUGCCGGAAUGCAAAACGACAGUGAUGUUGCGAAAUGUGCCGAACGACUACACGCGGGAGAUGCUCCUGGAAUUGUUGGACUCGCAAGGCUUUGCUGGUCGAUACAACUUCGCCUACCUGCCCUGCGACUUUUAUCGCGAUGCCAACCUCGGCUAUGCUUUCGUGAACCUUGUGGACAGAGUGGCCGUGGACGAUAUCUGGGCAGCCUUCGACGGAUUUGCGAGCUGGUCUCUGCCCACGACCAAGGUCUGUCAGGUGCGCUGGAGCAGUCCGCACCAGGGUUUCGAGGCCCACGUCGAGCGUUACCGGAACAGCCCGGUCAUGCACCGCUGUGUACCAGACGAAUACAAGCCCGUCAUCUUCCAGCUCGGCGUGCGACAGCCGUUCCCACCACCCACGAAGACGGUCAAAGCACCGAUGUUGGGGUGCCGCUAA